AUGCAUUUUGACAUUAAUGAUCCGGGAAAUUGGAAAACUAUUGAUCAAAGCUUGAUAGACUUGUUAGUGAAAAGAGGCCCCCUUGGGCAGGAUGGUUUUAUUUUUCCAAAAGAUUCAGAAAAUAGCCAUUUCUCUUCUACGUAUUAUAUUCGGCAUUUAACAAAUGGUGAGAAGAGUGAUAGAAAAUGGUUGGUCUACUCAAUUUCAUUGGAUAAAGUAUUUUGCUUUUGUUGUAAAUUGUUUAAGCAAGAAGGAAACAAUAUUCAAUUAGCUAAUGAAGGAAUCAAUGAUUGGAAAAAUCUUAGUUUCAGGCUUAAAAGUCAUGAAACUAAACUUAAUAUUGGUGAUUUAAGAGGUAAAGGUUAUGAUAACGGUUCUAAUAUGAAAGGGAAGCAUAAAGUUUUACAAAAAAGAGUACUAGAAGUAAAUCCAAGGGCAUUUUACACACCAUGUGGUUGUCAUAGCCUUAAUCUUGCACUUUGUGAUAUGGUAAAUUCUUACAAUGUGAAAGGUCUGAAGCUUAAGCUACUAUCACAAGCACGUUGGAAAAGUCAAGUCGAAAGUGUUAAAGCAAUAAGAUUUCAAGCACUAGAAAUAAAAGCUACUUUAAAACACUUGGUGGAAACAUGUGAUGAUCCUAAGGCAUAUAGAGAUGCUCAAAGCUUAUUUUCUGACAUUAUGGAUUUUGAGUUCUUGUUUGGCAUAGUUAUUUGGUACAAUAUACUGUCUGCUAUUAAUAGAUUAAGUAAAAUGUUGCAACGUGCAGAUAUGUCUAUUGAUACUGUUAGAAAGAAGCACUUUGAUGAAAAUGUUAAUGACGAGAGAACACAUUCAGCCGAUGAAUCAUUUAGAGUAGAUUAUUUUUUAAAUAUAGUUGAUCAAGCUCCUUCUUCGCUUAGUCUCGAAGUAUGUUUGAUACACCAAGUCUCUAAAGGGGUUGCAAAUGGAACAAGCCACUCGUAUUCUCGGCUUUAUUCAGCACAUGGAUUGUUUGAACAUGUAGACGAGCUAACAAUCGGGUCGAGCUCGAAAAUUUUUCACAAGUUUGGUCAGUGUGAACAUUUGACGAUCCAAAAGAUUGUAAAGGUUAAAGGUUAA